UUCGUAACCAUCACAAGUCCGUCGACGUCGUUUCCUUUUUCUCCCUCUCAGCGGAGAUUAUUCUGUGAUUGCCCUCAAAUAGAAGCAGAAAGAAACGCAGAAUUUUCAAGAAAAAAAAUCAUGGUGAAAUCGGUGGAGAAUGGUGUAUCGGUGGCGCCGUUCCUGCUCAAGUGCUACGAGAUGGUGGACGACGAAUCAACGGAUGCCCUCAUUUCCUGGAGUCGAAGUCAACCAUCGUCCCGAGAUUCCACUAGCGAUAGCAGCAGCUUCAUAAUCUGGGACGUCUCUAACUUCUCCUCUCAAUUGCUCCCCAAAUAUUUCAAGCACUCCAAUUUCUCUAGCUUCGUUCGCCAGCUCAAUAUCUACGGUUUCAGGAAAACCGACACAGAUCGUUGGGAGUUCUCAAAUGACAAAUUCAUUAGAGGCCAGAAGCACCUACUGGCAAACAUCAUUAGAAGAAAAAAUGCCCAGAAUUUAGUGCCGAAGAUUUCCACUCAGCAGCAACAGGAGGAAGAGACAAUUCCUUCAACCCCUGAAGAAGACAAGAGCCUCGAAUUGUGGAAAGAAGUCGAAACCCUAAAGACGGAUAAGAACACACUGAUGCAAGAGCUAAUUAAGCUCCGGCAACACCAGCAGAACUCACAAAGCAAGCUGUUGCUUAUAAGAAAACAGGUCAAGGGUAUGGAGAAAAACCAGCAGCAGAUGCUCUCUUUCAUAGUAAUGGCAAUUCAAAACCCCGGUUUCUUGGUCCAAUUCUUGCAUCCGAAAGAAAACAAUUGGAUCAUGUCUGCUCCCGAGACAGGACCAGCGAAUGUACAUAGUGAAGUCGACGACGGGUGCGGGCUUGCCCCCUCUGGUGGAACGAUUGUGAAGUAUCAGCCACGUCUGCAACAUCAUCAUCAAGUUGAUAUUUGCUCCGAUGACAUUGAAGAAGAAAAUAACGACCACUUUACGACUGGUGGGAUCAUGAUGAGAGAUGAGGACAGCAAGAAAUCAAUGGAUCUUUUAGAUUUUUCUCUACAAGAAGAUGAUAUUAAUAUUCUUAAUGAUAUAUUUGGGAAUAUAGAUUUCUCCACGGGGCCAUCCAACAAUGAGGGCUUGGACAAUGUGGAACCGAUUGUAAUUUCCGACGUGCGCGAUUGGGAUGAUGAUAUGCUGGAAAUGCUGUUGUCCAGUCCGACCUCAGGGAGAGGAGAAGCUAAUGAAAACGGUCAAGGGGGUCAGGAAGAAAUUGGAGAGGGUGGAGGCAACUUUGAGUUUGAGGGCGGCAUGGAUAAGAUAACGGAACAAAUGGAUCUUCUCACAAAGUUUUGAUAUUGGACUCAUGAAUCGGGUUCUUUACCUUCUUUCUUGUUAGUAAAGAGCACCAUUCCAGUGAAAUGACUGCUAUACCCGGGGGCUUAUGUGGGAAUUUUUGUAAAGGUUCAAUCUCAUACUACUCCUAUUACACAAGUAACCACAUUAUGAAUUCACGAGUAACUCAUACUAUUCCCUACGUCCCAAAUAAAUUUGGAUUUUACAAUUGACUACG